AUGACUCCGCCAAAGAAAGCUAAGGCUGUUGCAACAAAGAUGACGAAAUUAAAGUUGUUGCACCGUAGGCGGACCAACGUAUUAGGUUCCGCUGAACUAAUAAAAUCGUUCAACGAACAAUUCGAUGUCAUACACUGUGAUCAUUUGCUAGUGCGCAUUGAACGUUUUGAUGCAUUGUGGGGAGAAUUUGAGGUGAUUCAAGACGAAAUCGAAGUUUUAGAAGAUGAGGAAGAACAAUUUUCGGAUCUGCGAAUGGAGUUCCAGACUAUGUAUUUUGAAUUAAAGGCAUCUUUGCAAAGCAAAUUCCCUCCUCGCCCAUCGACGUCCGUGAUGUCAUCGGUGCAAGCGCAGCCUAUAGCCCACAUUAGGCUGCCUGAAAUUUCAUUGAAACAAUUUUCGGGUAGAUUGGAUGAUUGGGUUUCGUUUCGUGAUCUUUUUGUGUCUUUGAUUCACAACAAUCAGCAAUUGAGUGCAGUGCAGAAACUGCAUUAUUUGCGAGCAACACUUUCCGAUGAAGCGGCUGGAAUAAUAUCGUCGCUCGAAUUAUCGGCUAAUAAUUACACCGUUGCUUGGACCAUGUUGAAGGAGCGGUAUGAGCACAAAACCUUCUUGAUAAAGAGACACAUGUCCGCGCUUCUAGCACUUUCUCCAGUAAAGAAGGAGUCGUCUGUAAAGUUGUCAAAAUUGGCCGAUGAAUUUGACCGUCAUGUUCAGCUGUUAGAUAAACUUGAGAAUGCAGUUGAACACUGGAACUCGUUCCUCGUCGAGCGCUUGAGUAGUUGCUUGGACCCCGUAUCGCUGUGCGAAUGGGAGACUCAAGUUACUGAAGUUGACAAACCAACAUAUAAGGCACUGCUUGAGUUUGUACACAAAAGAUCCCGAAUUCUACAAACGUUAUUGCUCUCCCAAACUGGCUAUACCCAAACCGAAUCGAAACCCUCAAAGCCUCGUCUCACUACCGCCCACGUUGCUUCAGAUAAUGUACCUAAGUGUCCCAGUUGCAAGCAGGCACAUUUGCUGUUCCAGUGCGACCAGUUUCGCGCGUUGCCACCACAGCAGCGUUUUGAGUUCGUGAAGAAACAUGGACUUUGCAUAAAUUGCCUCAAGGGCACUCAUCUUGCAAAGGAUUGCUCCAGUGGUUCCUGUAAGACCUGCGCCAAGAAGCAUCAUUCCCUGCUGCAUUUGCAACCUGUUUCGGCGCCCACGGCGGCUGGAAAUUCGGCAGCAGGAACUAAUUCAUUAUCUGGAGCAUUCCGUUCGCAUCUCGAAUCGUCGAUCGGUCACACCCCUCCGGUUGGGUUUUCGGUUGCCUCACCACUUGUCGCUCCGUCGUUGUCGUCGUCGUACACGCAUUCAUUUCCGAUCGAUAUAGCUCCCUCGUCGCCGGUAAAUUCGUUCGGUAUCGUCAAUCCGCCUUCUGGCCCCUCCUGUAAAAGUGCAGAAGUGAACACACAAGUGAGAAAUAAUCUAGUGAUGUUGUCAACGGCAGUUAUCAAGGUUAAGGAUGCAUACGAUAAAUAUCAAUUCACUAGAGCUCUACUGGACAGUGGCUCUCAGCCCAGUUUCAUCACCGAAGCGCUUUGUCAGAAGCUUCGACUGAAGCGCAUCAAGUUAAACUCGCCGGUCAGUGGGGUCGGACAAUCUACCCUCACCGUGCACCACGGUGUGAUGUUAUCGCUCGCCUCUCGUUUCGGGGAAUUCAAAUACAACCUGGAUUGCCUAGUGCUACCAAAGCUUACCGUCUCGCUGCCCAGCCAACAUAUUGACGUUUCGCGUUGGAGAAUUCCACGUAAUCUCCCGCUCGCCGAUCCGCAGUUCAACGUCAGCCAUGGGGUUGACAUCAUUAUUGGUGUUGAGCUGUUCUUCAAUUUGCUUGACAAUCAACAACUUUCGUUAGCGGCUGGCUACCCGAUUUUACAGAAGACUGUGUUAGGAUACAUCGUCUGUGGAAAAGAUUCCGUUGUUUGUCACAAUGCUAUACAUCCGGCACUGCUGUUCACCCUUUCACAGUCAGGAUAG